AUGCCCGGAAUUCUCAUCGUCUUCUGCAUUUUGGCUCUCCAAAUCGCUCAAUAUUCUGCUUUAGGAGACGAGCUCGAUCCUGUACCAAUCAAGUCACAAGACGAUGUUGACGAGCACGACAGCAGCAUCGGAAUAGCGCUUCCCAGUGGCGGUCGUUCUACAGCCAUAAGUGGCGAGGUAGCACUUAGGGACCAGGGUUCGAGCGAAGACGCCCCGGAUUUGCUUGCUGAUGAUGGCGACGGCGUAGUUGUGCGAUCGAAGCGUUAUUAUGGAUGUGGUUGCUUCAACUGUAACUGCGCGACAAUGGCUCCGGCCACCUAUGCACCGUGCGGCGGCUGUUGUGGAUGCGGUGGCUAUGGAUAA